AUGGCUAUGAAGACGUAUCUGAACCAGGUUUGGUAUGUUUGCUGCAACGCGCUUAUGGGUACUAAACAGGCCGCGCGGGCAUGGUACGAGACAUUACGGGACCACUUUAACAAGCGAGGGUUCGAGUCCCUCAAGGCCGAUCCAUGUGUUUUCGUCAAGACUGUUUCACGUGUUGGAUUUUGCGCGGUGAUUGCUUAUGUGGACGAUUUGAUUGUUAUUGGCCCGGAACUGGAUGACAUUAAAUUGGUGCGCAACGGACUAAAGGAACACAUGGGGCUCAUGGCAAUCUCUCGAUUUUCUCGCUAUUAG